AUGUGCAUCGCCUUGAUCUCAACAGCCCAUCCAUCAUACUCCUUGAUCGUAAUCGACAAUCGAGAUGAAUUCCUUCACCGGCCAACAUCGGCCCCAGACUGGUGGCCGGAGCCGUCCCCGCAUGUCCUAGGCUCACGAGACCUUGCCCGAUCUACGCAUGGCACUUGGAUGGGCGUCACCAAGCAUGGGAAGCUAGCCGUGCUGACGAACUAUCGCGAAGAUAAAGCCAGUGAAGCUAUCGGGGUCUUCAGUCGUGGUCUCAUCGUCAACAGCUGGUUGACCAGCCCUCCAAACCGACAGGAAGCCACUCGGGAGUUUGUGCAGGCCAUCGUGGCCAGCCCGGAAGCCAAGCAAGUGGGCGGCUUCAGUCUUGUGUGCGGGCACAUCAACGAGCCCCUCGCCAUAGUCUCUAAUCGAGCCUCCGACAUGGAGCAUAUCACCUGGGUGGCUACGGAGAAGAAUCAGACCCGCGGGUUGAGCAAUACCAGCGUGGAUGAUCGAAGCUGGCCGAAGAUCAUCGACGGGGAGAAGUUGAUGGAAGCUGCUAUCGCGGAGCAUGUGCAAGAGGAAGAGGGAGAAGAUGUCUUGAUUGAUCGAUUGUUACAAGUUCUCAGCACAGAUACUUUGCCGCGGAUGUCAGAGGAGAACGCCACCAUCGAUACAUAUAUCCAUCACCUACGCAAGAGCAUAUUCAUUCCGGUCAUCGGUGCAGCCAACGAUAUUGACCAGACCGCCGUGAAGGCCGCCGCCCGGGUAGAAGACACCGCUCCGGCCAAUGGCCCUGUGGAUCAAAGCUAUACAUGUGGCUCAUACGGGACGCAGAAGCAGACCGUUCUGUUGGCACGACCGGAUGGGCGAGUACGGUACUUUGAGAGAACGUUGUAUGACAACAACGCUCAGGCUGUCCCAGUUGGACAGGGUGACCAUUCGUUUGAAUUCGAUAUUACUCCUGCAGUAGCGCAGGAUAAACUAUAA